CGCGGCGAUAAAUGUCAUUUUUUAACCUAACAUCUGUCAGAAUUUGGUACGCCCAUGUGUGGUGUGGGUAAAUAUUUUAAUUCUGGUCAACACAAGCGUAAUUUCUUAUAAAUGCAGACCAGUGCGGGAAUUUACGAAUAGCCGGCGAGUGUUUUUUUAAUUUAAAAUAAUUUGGCAUUGGUGUCGGGUGCGUGAAAUAAUAAAAUGCCGGCUGAAAAUGAAAAUUUGAGUCCCAUUCAUGUGGAGAGCGCUAUUCCCAAAGAUAGACAAGAAUUAUUAAAAUGGAAUGGCUGGGGUUACAAUGAUUCAAAGUUUGUCUACAAAAAUGGAGAGGUUUAUUUUACAGGAAAAAGGUAUGCCAUUGGGGAAAGAAGACUUCCUCACCUAAUUGACUGGGUAACCAGCAGGCUAGGGGUCGAUUUGGACCACCCUGUAUACUCCCAAAACGUACCUUCAGAAGAUAAAUACCCCAAAGUUAACAUCACCGAAGAUAAUUUGAAGGAUUUUGAAAAGUUAAAUGUUGAAAUUUCCACAAAAGGUAUUGACAGAUUGGUGAGAUCCCAUGGCCACACAUUACACGACAUUUUCAUACUGAGAAAUUCGAUAUUCGAAAGGUUACCCGACGUUAUCACAUUUCCAAAAUGUCACGACGACGUCGAAAAAAUCGUGAAUUUUGCCAACGAACGCAACAUGGUUGUCAUACCUUUUGGAGGAGGAACCGCCGUAUCAGGAGCAGUUGAAUGUCCACAAAAUGAACAAAGAACGAUUAUAUCCCUCGAUACAUCUCAGAUGAACCGAAUUUUGUGGCUGGACAAGGACAACCUGGUCGCUUGCUGCGAAAGCGGUAUAGUGGGUCAGGAUCUGGAGCGCGAGCUGGCCAAACUCGGCUACACCACCGGGCACGAGCCGGAUUCGUACGAAUUUUCCAGUUUGGGCGGGUGGGUCGCAACCAGAGCCUCCGGAAUGAAGAAGAACGUCUACGGCAACAUAGAAGACCUGUUGGUGCACGUAAAACUUGUAACCCCGAAAGGGGUGUUGCAAAAAAAUUGCCAGGCACCUCGGAUUAGCUGCGGCCCGGAUUUCAACCAUGUUGUAAUGGGCUCGGAAGGAUCUCUGGGCGUCAUAACCGAAGUUAUUUUAAAAGUCAGACCGCUACCGCAGUGUAGAAGAUACGGUUCCAUCGUGUUUCCAGAUUUCGAAUCUGGAGUGAAGUGUAUGAGGGAAGUUGCCAAACAAAGAUGCCAACCUGCGUCCAUCCGGCUCAUGGACAACGACCAGUUCAAGUUCGGCAUGAUCCUGAAACCGGAGGAGAGCUUUUUCACCUCGAUCAUAGACGGCGUGAAAAGGCUCUACGUGACGAAGAUCAGAGGUUUCGAUCCCGACAAGAUGUGCGUGAUGACGUUGCUGUUCGAGGGCGACGAUUGCGACGUCAAAAGUCACGAGAAGAAGGUGACCUCGAUCGGGAUGAUGUUCGGAGGGUUGCCUGCCGGGGCCACGAACGGCGAGCGGGGCUACAUGUUGACAUUUGUCAUCGCUUACAUCAGGGACUUGGGCCUGAUGUACAACGUGGUUGCGGAGUCCUUCGAAACGUCCGUGCCGUGGGACAAGGCCCUGAAUCUGGUGAGAAAUGUAAAGCACACGGUCAGUGUGGAGUGCCAGAAGCGCGGCAUCACGCACUACGUGAUAAACUCGCGCGUCACGCAGACCUACGACGCGGGAUGCGUGAUCUACUUUUACCUCGGGUUCAACCACUCGAAGAUCUCGGAUCCCGUGGCCGUUCACCACGAUAUCGAGACUGCGGCCAGGGACGAGAUCGUGUCGUGCGGCGGCAGCAUUUCUCACCAUCACGGGGUGGGAAAGCUGCGGAAAAAGUGGUACCCCGCCACUGUGUCCGAGGUGGGCGUCAAGCUCUAUCUUGCCACCAAAAAUGAGCUCGACCCCAAGAAUAUUUUCGCCACCAAUAAUCUAGUACAAGCCAAACUCUAAUCUAGUCGAUUAUGUUUUUAGAAACUCUACUUAUUUUUUAGUUUAUCGUAUUACUUAACCAAAAACUUAUUGUUUGUAUGUGAUUUGAUCUAGUAUUUUUGUUGCCAUAAAGUAGUUACCAAAAAUUAGUAAAGUAUUAUUUUUUUGUUGUUAGUUUUGUAAUGUUUUUACGAAUUUAAUAAAUGACCACCAUAUAA